CGGGAAUGAGGAAGGCAGGAACUAGCAGCAUACUGAAAUAUUUUAGACUCUUAACAAGCUGUUUUUUGUGUUUAACAUUUUCCUCCUUUUUCCUUCCUGAUAGAUAUGUUGCUCUUUGCACCCAGAGGAAGAGAAUACACAGCCCACACCAAAAGCUUUAAAGAUAUCUGCUGGCAACCCUUAUUAAUGCCACCUCAGUGCUGUUUCAACAAUCCUAGCCCACUCCUUUAACCCUCUCCCCUUCCUGGGCACAGAAACACUGUAAGGGGAGUGCCCACUACUGUAUGGCCUCCCUAAGGCGGACCUUGUCCUUCUUUACAAGAACGGUAAGACAGAGCUGCAAACAGCCCAUACAGCACUUAGAGCCGUGACUUAGAUUUCUCAUGGACUCCUGAGAGGAUGAAUUGGUGAAACGAUGGGGCUGUCUGUGUCAGGAUUGCAUAAUGGCCAGAGAGGACUCUGUGAAGUGCCUUCGCUGUCUGCUCUAUGCCCUCAAUUUGCUUUUCUGGUUGAUGUCAGUAUGUGUUCUGGGAGUUUCUGCCUGGAUGAGGGACUACAUUAAUAAUGUGCUUACACUAACUGCAGAAACAAGGAUUGAGGAAGCUGUAGUUCUCACUUACUUUCCUGUGUUCCAUCCAGUGAUGAUUGCAGUUUGCUGUUUUCUUAUUAUUGUGGGAAUGCUUGGUUACUGUGGAACUGUGAAAAGCAACCUGAUACUUCUGCUAUGGUAUUUUGGAAGCCUUUUAAUAAUUUUCUGCAUUGAGCUGUCUUGCGGAGUAUGGACUUACGAACAGGAGAUUACGGCUCCAGUUCAGUGGUCAGACGUGGUUACUUUAAAGACUAAAAUGCCAAACUAUGGGUUUCCUAGGUACCAGUGGCUGACAAAUGCGUGGAAUUUCUUUCAAAGAGAAUUCAAGUGCUGUGGCGUGGUAUAUCUCACAGACUGGCUAGAGAUGACAGAGAUGGAUUGGCCUCCUGAUUCUUGUUGUGUUAAAGAAUAUCCAGGCUGCUCUAAACAAGCGCAUCACGGAGAUCUUAGUGACCUAUACCAAGAGGGCUGUGGAAGAAAAAUGUACAGUUUUCUGAGAGGAACCAGGCAGCUACAAGUUCUACGGUUUCUGGGAAUCGCUAUAGGCGUUACACAGAUCCUGGCUAUGAUCUUAACAAUUACCCUGUUGUGGGCUUUAUAUUACGAUGGAAAAGAUCCACGCACAGGUCAAAUCAUGCCACAGAUUCAUGACACUGUACAACCCCAAUGUCACACAGUGGAACUGUUGAAACCUAAAUUCACAAGGACUAAUGAACAAAAAACUACAACUAAUGGAUUUAAUGCACACUUAGAAAUGAAGCAUUUGUGAUUACAUAAAACACCUUUGAUUUCUGCUCCAUCUCAUACCAGCAUUCUGAAGCAAAGUAUGCCUAAUGGACUCUUUUGCCAUUUAGUGAUUUUUCUUUGAAGAAGGGAAGAUUAUGCAAAAGAAAAAAAGCUUUUGUUUAACUUAAGACGUGAUUUUUCUAGUAAUGCAAAUAUAUUUUCCUCUGUGUAAUGGAAAAGAUUUGGCCAGGCUUAAAAAUUAGAACAACCAAACAUUCAGGCAAUAAAGGGAAUGGGUGUGAAUUAUUCAUGGCUUUGUUCUUCACUGAAGUAUUCUCUAUUAGUCUAGCUUAUCAAAUAGCAAUUCUCUGCAUCAGUUUUACACCAAUUUAGAAGAUCACGCUAAUGGGCCUCACACCUCCAAUAGAAUCAAGGUUGUUUGUGUGAAAACAGAGAGAUGUUUUAAGAGAGCUGAAUUAAUUGUAUAAACAAAUGGCAAAUGUUUAUAUAAUUUAGCAUACUGUCUAAUACUAAUAGUGCCAAAGAAAAAGAAAUAUUGGGGAAAUCUGUAUUAGGUUUUUACAAAAUUUCAGGACAUAUAUGAAAGGGCUACUUGGGUACACCAUCAAUUAGGGAAUCUCUUUCAUUUGACCGCAGAAAGACCUGAUUGUUAAAACUGCAUAACUCUUAAUUAUGCCAUUAAAGCAGCCACAUGCAGGCUUUCAUGCAA